AUGGGGAUAAGCGAUUUUGCAUCGAUAUGUGCGAAAGCACCGUUACCAUUGUGCUCUGUUGUUAAAUCAACAUCUCAUUACAUUCUUUCGAAUUCAACGACAGUCCAUAAUUUUGAUCCAGAACAUUUGAACGUUGGUAUACUGCCACGUUGUUAUUCAAGACCUAUCGUUCUGGCCAACACAGUUAUUUUCGGUAUAGGGAACGCAUUUAUUAAUAUUGGUGCUCUUGGUGUACUUUUAAUCAUCAUUUUUAACAUAAGACAAAAAUACACAGCAAUAGGAAGAACAGAGUACCUUUAUUUUUUCCAACUUACAUUAUUAUUGACUAUCUUUACUUUGAUAGUUGAUUGUGGGGUAUCACCACCAGGAUCAUCUUCAUAUCCAUACUUUGUCGCCAUACAGAUAGGUUUCGCCGGUGCAUGUUGUUGGUCCCUCUUAGUUACCGGGUUUUUGGGGUUUAAUCUAUGGGAAGAUGGUACGUUUAAAUCAAUGUUUUUUGUUCGUACUGCAUCAUUCUUAGGAUUUGCUGCCAAUUUUUUGGCAUCCAUCCUAACUUUCAAAUCCUGGAUUCAAGACCAUCACAUUUCCUCAAUGGAUACCACGGGGAUGUUUGUUGUAGUCUACAUUGUCAAUGCAGUUAUUUUAUUUAUAUAUACACUUUGUCAAUUGUUAGUUUCCUUAUUCGUGGUAAGGAAUCUAUGGGUUACCGGCUCCAUUUUACUAGGUGUUUUCUUCUUCGUAAUGGGCCAAAUUAUGAGUUAUGCACUUUCCAACGUCAUCUGUGAAGGGGUGAACCAUUACUUGGACGGAUUAUUCUUUGGAAGUCUUUGCAAUCUAUUUACGUUAAUGAUGGUUUACAAGAUUUGGGACAUGACUACUGAUGAUGACCUUGAAUUCAGUGUCAGUGUGAACAAGGAAGGACUUGUUGUAUAUAGCAAUGAAUUUUAA